AUGGCGGGGAUGAUCCAGAGUAAUCUACCCAUAUUUGACGGAAAGAACUUCGAAGAUUGGUGCGUCAAGAUGGAUGCUAUCCUUGGUUUCCAGGAGAUUGAUGAAAUCGUGAAGAUUGGGUUUAAAGAACCCGCAAAGAACGCUACAGACGAAGAAAAGAAGACGUAUAAAGAAAAUCGAAAGUUAGAUUGCAAAGCACGCAUGAUCUUGCAUCAAUGUAUUUCAGCAACAAUCUUUCAAAAGGUGUCUAAGGCCACGACAGCAAAAGAAACUUGGGAGAUUCUACAGGAUGGAUAUGGAACUGCUGGAAACAUAAAGGAGAUUAAGCUACAGUCACUGAGACGGCAGUAUGAACUUCUGAACAUGGGGGAACAAGAAACUAUCGGAGAAUACAUUGGUAGAAUCCAAGUGAUUGUCAAUGCAAUGAGGGCAUGCGACAAAGUUGUCAAGGACAAGAAGAUUGUCCAUAAAAUCUUGCGAACCCUAACGCCCCAAUACGACCAUAUUGUCGUGGCUAUUGUAGAAAGCAGAGACUUGGAGAAAAUGAAGGUUGAAGAGUUGCAAAACUCGCUCGAAGCCCAUGAACAGCGACUGUUAGAAAGGAAAACUGCAGAAAAGGAUGCAAGUCAAAACAUGAAUCAGGCAUUGCAAGCUAAGAUUCAAAAGGGUCGCGGGUUUGGUAGAGGACGAGGUAGAACACGAGGCGGUCGUGGAGGUCGUAAUGGAGGAAGAUUCUCCAAUAACUCCGAACAGAUCAAAGAAGAAAGCAACAACGAUCAAAGAGAAGGUAGUUAUGGGGGGCGAGGAAAACCCAGAGGAAGAGGAGGCAGAAAGAGCGUCGACAAAAGAAACGUGCAAUGUUUCACGUGUAGUAAAUUUGGCCACUACUCCUCCGAGUGCUGGCAUAACGAAAGCAACAAAAAAAUCAAGAACGACGAAGCUGCAAAUUUGGCACAAGAUACUUGCGACUCAGAAUCGGAACACGUUGUGUUGAUGUGUGUAUCAGAACAAGAUAAAGAAAAGAAAGCAAACAAAGGUAAAGUGCGAGACAGGUGUAACUGCAAAGAAGGAUACGUGCUGCAAUCAGAAAUAACGCAACAUGCAAAGGAUUGUGUGAGUUAUUCUGAACACGUGUUGCAACCAGAGAAGGAGAGUCAUGCAACGAAGAUUAUAGAUGAUGAACGUGUAAUGAUUUCGAGCAUUCACAAUCACACCGAGAUCGACGCAAGCUGGUAUUUAGACACUGGGUGCUCCAACCAUAUGACCGGAAGAAGAGAGUGGAUGGUAAAUCUUGAUCUGAAGAAGAAAAGUAAUGUGAGAUUCGCUGACGAUAGCACCGUAAUGGCUGAAGGAGUCGGUAAAAUUUUGACUAGCUGCAAGAACGGCGAGACAGCAUACAUGGACGACGUUCUAUACGUCCCGACGAUGAAGAGCAAUCUGUUGAGUCUCGGUCAACUCCUGGAGAAAGGUUACACCAUGCAGAUGCACCAGAAUGUGAUAGAUGUGUUUGAUAAGAAGAAGCGCCUGAUCAUUAGAGCUCCUAAAGCAAAAAACAGAACUUUCAGAGUAAACCUAAAUGCAGCUGCGAUUCAAUGCUUGUCAUCACUGAAUGUCGAAGAGGAAAAUUGGCUUUGGCAUUACAGGUUCGGACAUUUAAAUUUCAAAAGUUUAGGCAGAUUGGGNGAUAAAGAUUUGGUGAAAGGUAUUCCUACAAUCACUGCAUCACGCAAGAUUUGUGAAGGCUGUGUUGUUGGGAAGCAAACCUAA